AAAAAAAUUGAAUCCUAAUUGUUGGAAGCUAUAAAUGCUUCAAGCUUUUCAAUACGAUAAUAGCCGAGUUUUAUAUUGUGCGUUUGUUGCCCUGUAUAGGUUAAUACUUUGUGAAUCACUGAAUUGUGAAUAAAUAGUGCAUAUAAUAUAUAUAUAUAUAUAUAUAUAUAUAAAUAUAACAUAAAUAGGGAUAUAAAACAAUAAUUUAGUGUAUCCUUAUUGGGUUAUUGGUUUAACCGAUAACCCAGUAAGCUAAAACUGAAACCGAACUGUUUACUCAAUAAAUUUUUUUAUAAAACCAAUAAGAAACCGUUAACUCAAUAACCCAAUUACAUUUUUAUCGGUUCGGUUUAUCGGUCGGUUCGGUUUUUGCACAUCCUUAGUCUCGCCUCGCCAUUCGCCAUUGGCGACGCCUUUUACAACACUGGGGUCAAUGAUAGGUUGAUGUCGAUUAAGUUGGUAAUUGAAGGGUCUACUUGGAACAUCAUUAGUGCUUACGCACCAUAGAUGGGUUUGGACGAGGAGGAGAAGAAGAGCUUUUCGGAGGUUUUGGAUGAGGUGGUGAGACGUGUGCUGGGACAUUGAGAAGCUAUUCUUAGGAGGAGAUUUCAGUGGGCACAUUAUGGCAUCACCGAGGGGUUACCAAGAUGUGUGAUAAGUGGCAAUUUCGCCACUCAUUGAUAUCUCAUUUCUAAUGAGUUAUUAUGGCUAAAUUUAUGAUAUGAGGCUAAUACCUUAUGAAAUGUACUAAUUUCUGGUAUUUAUAGCUUCUCAGGGAAGUCUAGUGAAAAAGGAGUGAAGUCGAAGCUAAAAAGGGAAAAAAGGAACUGAACAGGAAAAAGCUUGAAGAAGUGUCUGUGAAACGACCCUCAGAUAACGCUUAAGCGGUCUGACGAUCGCAUAAGCGACCAGUCAAACCGUUAAUGUUGUCGCGUAAGCAACCACAGGUGUCGCGUAAGCAACAGGUCAAAUGGUCAGUUGAGUCGGGUAAGCGAUUGUUGUAUCGCGUACACGACUAGUCAAGGCAGUUAAAGGAGUCGCGUAAGUGACCCCAAGGUCUAUUCCCAAUUGAUUACACUCUAAGCAUUUUCAACCUCAAGAUAGUAUUAUAAAAGCAAAAAAAUUGUCACUUAAGAAACAUUCCAACUAAUCCCCCAUUUUACAUUUAUGUUUGUUUUAUACACAUUACGGGUCAACUCCUAGUUGGCUUUUAACACUCUCGAGCUUUGAAUUUCGUGUCUUCACUCCUUGUGGAUUUGAUACAACAACGAACUUAGGUUGGGGUCAAAUCCACAAGGAGUGAAGACAUACAUAUGUACCCCGUUAGAGUUCGUAAUUUUGUGCUAAAGACUCAACAAAGGGUAGUUAUUAUAAGUUUUUGUAAUACUUCUCUACGUCUUAUAAUUUUGGUUAGGUGCAAAUAUUUGCUUUUAGACAGGGAUGCUAGAGUUUUAAAAGAGAGAGGAAGAGUAAAUAGGGACACUUUUCAGUCCAUAAUAUUUACAUUGUCCGAUCCACGGGAUUUGAUGGUCCCAAUUGCUGAAACCUCAGCUUUAUAAACAUACAUGUGCAUACCUUUUGUGUUAUUAUUAUAAACUUGGUGUAAAUCUAUUUCUCUUAUUAUCUUUACUUGUCACCUUUCUACUUUGAAGCUUUCGUCAUUGCUUAUUUUGUUUUAUUAAUGGAGAUGGUCACUUAUUUUAAACAUAUUACCGAUGUGUCAACUUGUUAUGUUUUCAAAAACCGAUUGCAAGAAUACGCGCAGAAAGUUGGACUUCCUACCCCUGUUUAUGAGACUAUCAAAGAAGGUCCUUCUCGUGAGCCUAUGUUUACCUCAACAGUUAUUGUGAACGAUGUUAGGUAUGAAUCUCUACCUAGAUUUUUCAAUCGCAAGGCGACGGAGCAAUCAGCUGCUGAAGUUGCACUCAUGAGACUUGUAAACUCCGGGUCUAUGGAAAACCUUU